AUGGCCAUCCAUCCAACACUGCCAUCCCAGGCCAACUCACAAGGACGCCUGACACCGCAGCAGACUCGAGCAAUCUCAGCUUGGUCGGAGCAGGCGGCUACAUCCCUGCGGAAUUUGACUCUCUCAGAGUCGGUAUCGGCGAGCGACAGAAAUGUCGAGUUCAUUUCGACGCGUGAUUCCCCUCUGCGCGGCUCCUCGGUUCCUCUAUCUAUUCCUCUGGACGACCCGGUCCCUGUGAUGCAUACGGGAGCCGUACCCAGAGUCAAGCUUGUGACUCGUGAGUCCGAGACGCAACCGGUUGCCUCGGUUUCAUUCAGACGUCGAGAACCUAUCCGUCGCGAUAGUCUGAAGAGACGGGAAGCGCUCCUCAAAGGAAAGGACGGAAGUCGGCGCAGACAACGUUGGGAGAACGAUCGUCUCUUGCAUAACCCUUGGGUUGAACCUCCUGCGCCCAGUGACUGGGCGGUACAGCCGACAUACCCGCGACAUGAUCCCAUGCCUUACUAUCUGGCACCUCUCUGGGACGUGAAAUAUGCUCAACUCGAUCGGACGUCUUCUAAGCAGACUCCUAAAGGUACGAGGCAUGAGAAGCAUCGCGUUCCCAAGGAACUUCGCAUGAGAUUGAAGCAUGCACGUGCUGCUCGCGGGAUGCUCCAGGAUUUGGAAGAGGAUAUUAGACAGUUUAUCCAGACAUGGAGCGAGAAGCAGCUGAUGCUGCGAAAAGAAGGCUUGGAAGAUGCACCAUCAUCGUCCGAGGACGAAUCUGAGGAUGAAGUUGUCUUUGUGGGGCGCAAUGGACAGAUGCAUGACUCGCCUGAGCACAAGACAAGGUUGCGAGAACUGCGCGCGAAUUUAAGCCAACAUAAUGAGCGAGAUGGUGAGAAGAUGGUGUUCGAGAGCCUGGUUGAUGACCGGGCCGCUGGCUUUGGUCGCUGGCUCGUUCAUUCCAUUGCGAGUUACUACGGCCUGCAUACAUGGUCUAUCACGGUGGGGAAACCUGCCCGCCGUGAGGCCUAUGUUGGGUUUCAUAUGCCGGCGCCAGGUAGUCGACCUGGGCUCACGACUCAGGUGUCUGUCCCAUCAAAUUCCCAACAAGGGGUUAUGAUGAAGCCUGGUGAUGACCUUCCGAAGCCACUCUGGGCUCAGAUCUGA